GACAUGUAUACAAAUGUUGUAAAGUGCCUGUUCCCUCAAGACGUGUACCCCUCUCAAAGCACUCUUAAGGAAUCCCUUAAGGAUUAUUUAGAGAAAAUGUAUCCUGACUUUAUGUCAAAUAUAAGCACAAAUGAAUUUACCAACCGGUUCCAUACCGAAUGGUCUAGUUCCGUAUGUUACAACUUUUAUCGAUUAUAA